UUCAAACUUGCAGCUCCAAAUUUGUGCUUCUGCAGACACAGAAACCCCUCAUUCACAUGCUAACAUAAUUUAAUGUUAAAAUCAGAUAUUUAGAUGAAGGGCUAUUUUCAAAUAUGUACACAACUUGCAGUUGCAGUACUGUUUCCACAUAUUUAAUAACAAAUGAAAUUUUGUUGCACAGAAAGUUCAUAGAUUUGGAUACUCAUUGCCGUCUGCACAGAAAGUUGUGGAAUUUGGAGCCAUAGUUACUGGUUCCAAGGCCUAAAGCUUCCAACUUUGUUUGAUUUUCUGUUUUGGUUGCUGAGAAAAUGCAUGAAGGGAACUAUGUGCAAUUCUGGAUUUUGCUUAAGCCUUUGUUCUGAAAACUUGUUCGGUUCUUAGUCAAAGUAACAUAAGUAGUUGACAUGGUUGUUUGACUGAACUUUCUGCUUUGGCACUGUUCCGGAGAAAAGGUUUCAAGUGUUAUAGUUGUUAAUUGCUAUCCUUCUUUCUUAGUUUCUGGCUUUUGAGUUCUCUGUAAACUGGGAGAGAGAUUUCAUGUGUGAAACUUGAAUUGAACUUCUUUGAUCAAUGAAGAUUCUGCUGGUUUUCUAGCAGGAAAUGGUUGUCAGAGGUGGUGUUGAUCAUUUUGAUCAUUGAAAGUUUGUAUUAUUAGUGUUUUAAUCGGAUAUGAGUCAGUCUCCUUCCUUUAAAGUUAAAGAAGAACUUAGUCCCAGUCUUGAUCCAGAGUCUUUACAGAGAUGGAUUGUUGCUUUAUGUGCUAUAAGGUUUGAUCUUGAACAAGGCCAACUCGUAGAAGUAUGUUAUCCACCUGGUUGUCUUACACAUGAUGAGGAACUGGAGAUUGCUUAUAGUUCGUUUCCAGAUUCUAUUUCCCAGCAACAAAAUCGCUCCACCAUUCAUGAUUGUAUCUUCUUUUUCCGAUUCCGUAGGCACCUUAAAUGUCAAACCAGCAAUGCCACUCAUUCCAAGAUAACUGAAGUGGACAAGGAGUUUUCUCUAAAGUCCAUAGAUAAAAAUAGUGUUAGUAAAAGAUUAUCCAGUACAAGUAGUGGUAAUGUUUCUAAAUACAUGUAUGGCUUUGUCUUUAAUAGACAGAGACACGAUGAGAGGCUAAAGCGAGGAGGGGAGCAGAAGUCUGUGGUUAUUUUGUCCCACAGUCCUUAUUCUAGUGUGUUCAGGCCUUUAUUACAAAUUGUAGGUCCCUUAUAUUUUGACAUUGGUAAGAUAGCACUGGAGCAUAUUGCUGCUUAUGUUUCAACAUGGCCUGCUCCUGUUCCUGGUAAGUUAAUGGAUCUUCCAAUUGGGAAUACAAUGCUUAAAGUGAACCUGCCACCUGCACACAGCUUGCCCAUGGAAAAUGGAGUAUCUCUUGAUGAAUCUGCUGCUCCUGUGGCUCCUUUUCUUCCUAAUAAUCAGUAUAUCCCACAGGGCCUUUUUCACGAUUCAGAUCUGUUUGGUGCUUUUCGUGGCCUUCUAUUGCAGCUUUGGUUGUUAUGGGAGUUGUUACUCGUUGGUGAACCCAUUCUUAUCAUUGCACCAACCCCUCCCCAAUGUUGUGAGGCCGUUGCUAGUCUUGUGAGUUUGGUUGCACCAUUACUUUGCAGUGUUGACUUCCGGCCUUAUUUUACUAUUCAUGAUCCUGAGUUUGCAUGCUUGAACUCAAUUCGAGAAGGGGAAACCUUCCCCCCAAUGGUUUUAGGGGUGACAAAUAUUUUCUUCCUUAAGGCUCUCCGUAAAAUCCCCCACAUUGUCUCAGUUGGUAGUCCACCUCCUAGUUCAAACAGGGUACCCCUUUCGACUAGGUCUUCUACUGGAAAGGUUUCCAAUAGACCUGAAAGUCUUGGGCUUCAACAACUUUCCCUGCAGAAGUUUUCUCCUUCAAGUUUAUUGAAUGCAAUUAAGCUACGGAGAGAAGGUCCUCUUUGUCUCAUGACACAACAUAAGGAAGCCAUUUGGACUACAUAUUCUGCCACAACUAAGCCAGACACCUCUAUUUUAAAUAGGCUUAUAGAUGCUGGCAUGUCGCCAAGAGUUGAGGAGUCAAUGUCAGUUGUUAACAAUGAGAUCUUACGGCGACAUUUCUUGGAGCUCACAAUUAAUUUUUUGGCCCCUUUUGGUCUAUAUUUUAGGACUACAGCGCCAUUGGAAGGAUCUUCUCCUUAUGUAGAUCCUCCUUCUUUGCCUCCAUUUAAUGCUGAUGAAUUUCUUGCAAGUUUAUCAGCCAGAGGUCCAGGGAAGUUCAUUUUGAAGCGAAUGAAAUCUAACUGGCUUGACUUCUACAGGCGGUUCCUGAACGGACCCAACUUCAUGCCUUGGUUUCAGAGGAGGCAUGCUGUAGCUGAACAGGAACAAGAUAGAUUGUGGAGGCAUGCAAGAAUGAAAACUGAUAUACAGCAUCUUAUAUCUAAAAUGUCUGAGUUGGAAGUUGUGGAUUCUUUCUGUGUUAUAGAGAGACUUCUGCUUAGAGAAUUACUGCUGCAGCAACCUGGAAAUGGAGGUAUUGAUUCCACGGCAACUUGUCACAAACUAAUGGGAGAUCUUCAGGCAGUUUUCAACGCACUUACAAAAGAUAUGCAACAGCUCAUGAUUUCAAAUCCACAAAGGGCAUCCCUCCUGCAAGGUAGCCCAGAAUUGACAAAACUUUCAGCACACUCACUUGUUCAAGCCGGGGAUGCGUCUUCUACAUCACCCACUUGAAUGGUAAAAGCAUGAAAACAGGUGGUCUUCCUAUGGUCUCGAAAGACACUUUUCCUUUAAGUCACCACUUCUGUCUGAUUGAGAGAAUUUGUGACCUUUGACGAGCCAUGGGAUAAACAGUUGUGUGAUAACUGCAAUUUGAUUGAUCAAUCCACUUUGAGAAGCAGACAUGAGAGAACUUGCCUCUUGACAAACAUACAUGGAAAAUUGAUUUAUUUGAAACUAGCCAGGUUGUAAGCUUGCCUUUGUCGGUUAUAAUUGUGGCUUCAUAUUGUUUCUAUUAUGAAGGACCAAGCUGUAAAUUAUUCACUUUAUUUUAGCCUCUAGUAAUGAUCUCUAUUCCAUGCUUUCUACAAUUCCAAAAUUCUCAAUGUAUGCAAUGGAUUAUCUCUCGAGCAAAGAUUCAUUUACAUGGGUUGUA